ACCCUUUCUCAAAAAUAGCAGUUGUGCCCUUGAAAAAGGGUUUGCCUCCAUUCAAUUCCUUCGGAAAGCUCAGCUCCUUCUAAAGGCUAGUCUGGCCGCUGUCAGAAAAGCAUUGUAUUGUGUAUGAAGUCUUCAUCAUGUAUAUACAGAUCCAAGACUCCCAACUUCAAGAUCAUAUAUGGCCACAGAACUUGACACUGCUUUAUUGCAGCUGGAUUUGGAUCUGGUUAAGCCUAUUGAACCAAAUGGAAUGCAAAAUCAUAUGAAAUAUAUCAUAUUUUAUUGGUUUGCUAUGCCAAAGAAAAUGCUUCUGCAAUCUCUUCACACUCGUCUGCAUAGAAAUAUAUCGUUUCAUGGAAUUGCCAAAAGAAUUUCCUUCAAAUUUGGAAUAUCCUUCUCAGCUACAAUCACUGAAAAAGCACUCCAAUCCAGCACCUCAUCAAAAGGCGGCACGAAAUUAUCAGCAAUGAUCACCGGGACGCACUCAUAA